CGAGCAUUUCAGCGGACGCGCAGUGACGGCUUGCAGCUUCAACUUGCUCAAGGCACCAAGUUGACUUUUCUCCAACCUUCUCGCCAGAACAACCUAAAGGCAGCACAGGAUUUGAGUUUCAACUCCAGGCAUGGAAUUCCACUCCCAGGCAGGCGGCCCAGUUUGAGGACCGGCGGGAGCGCGCGAUGCCGGGAGACAGCGCUCCAGACACCAUGAAAACCCCGGCCGGUCCAGAGAAAAGCCAGCGCCCCGCCGCCACGGUGUUGGACGUCCCCCUGGUCAAUGAGGUCCAGCUGACGGCAGCGACGGGUGGUGCCGAGCUGUCGUGCUACCGCUGCACUGUGCCCUUUGGCGUUGUGGUCCUGAUCGCCGGCGUGGUGGUGACGGCGGUGGCGUACGGUUUCAACUCGCACGGCUCCACCAUCUCCUACUUGGGAUUGGUCCUGCUGUCGGCCGGGUUGGCGCUGCUGGCGGCCAGCGCCGUCUGCUGGAAGGUCCGACUGGAGCGCAAGAAGGAGCGGCGGCGCGAGAGCCAGACCGCCCUGGUGGCCAAUCAGAGGAGCCUUUUCACGUAAGACGCCCUAGCGGCGAGAACUGGACUCACUCGGCGACUGGUUUCGGGACCACAAAUGACGUCAUUUUUUAAUGUGUUAGCACAGAAGCUAAUCGCUUUGAACUGCUCCAAAAGUUAGAUGUUUGUAGGUCAAAGAAAGUUGAAGUUGAACUUCCACUGACAACUUGUCAUAGUAAACUAGAAAAUAUGUUAAUCUGCACUACGUCAAACAAUCCAAAUGACUCUUAUUAAGAGUCGGAGUAGAAUUGUGUAUGAGGAAAUGUAAUGUAUGCUAGCUUGAAUAAAGUCAAAAUACUUCGA